AGCGGCGCGCCCGGCGACCACUCACCUGCCGCGCGCCCUCGUCAUCCCGCGACAUUCUCCGUCGCGCUCGCACCAAAGUCACGUAAAAAUAACCUCAAAACAGCUCCGACGGACCAAUGACAAAAAUAUUGUCCUUCGAUCAUUAAACUAACAGUGACAGAAACUAUUAACGCAUGUGCUGAACGUGACGUAAUUGCAGCAUCAAUAAAUUCUUAAUCCACAGUGAUAUUGUCAAAAUCGAAAGUUUGCGAAGGACAAGAUGAUCAAUUUGGUGGGCUGUCGUCGGGCAGCCCCCGAAAAUAGUGGCAUAAUGUGGUGGUGUAUUUUAUUCUGUGUUGUAAACAUUAAAAUAUUUGGAGUAUUUGCUGCAAACACCACUGGAGUUUCACACGGCAACGUUUGUUCCCUGAAGCAGUUUCAAUGUGGGAAUGGAAAGUGUAUACCGCUAUCCUGGGUGUGUGAGGGCGAGGACGACUGCGGUGACAAUUCGGAUGAGGACAUUGAUGAAUGCAAAAAAGAAAGUCGCACUUGCACAUCGGCGGAGUUCCGGUGCAAGAGUGGUCGUUGUGUGCCGAUGUCAUGGAGGUGUGACAACGAGAAGGAUUGCUCCGAUGGAUCAGAUGAAGAACCUGGCACUUGCAAAGUGGAGUCUUGCGGUCCAGAGGAAUUCACUUGCCGAGGAAAGCCUGGAGAGUGCGUGCCACUCACUUGGAUGUGCGACGACAAUCCUGACUGUUCAGAUGGAUCCGACGAGAAAGCAUGCAAUGAAACGUGUCGCUCUGACGAGUUUACUUGUGGAAAUGGAAAGUGCAUCCAACAAAGAUGGGUGUGCGAUGGCGAUGACGAUUGUGGCGACGGGACUGAUGAAGAGAAAUGUGCAGCCCCAACUUGUCAGCCUCGCACGCACUUUUCAUGUGCUGAUGGCCAUUGCGUUUCGGCCCGUUGGCGCUGUGAUGGAGACAUUGACUGUCCUGAUGGCAGUGAUGAGAUGGGUUGCGCAACGACUCCUAAAAUACCUUCUCCGUGUACAUCAACGGAGUUCGAAUGCCGUGAUAGAAUGACCUGCGUUCACAAAGCAUGGGUGUGUGAUGGGGAUCGUGACUGUCCGGAUGGUGGUGACGAGGCUCCUGAGCUCUGCCGUGGGAACGUAACCUGCAGACCCGAUCAGUUCCAAUGCAAAGACCACAGCUGUGUUCCAGGAGCUCUAUACUGUAAUGGUGAAAAGGACUGUCCCGAUGGCAGUGAUGAAUUCAAUUGUACACGACCAAGGACUGUAUGCGACAAGCGGACGGAGUUUGACUGCGGCGGCGGCAUGUGCAUUCCUCUGACGAAAGUUUGCGACAAGAAGCCUGACUGUCCCAACUUUGAGGAUGAGCCAAGAGACCGCUGCGGCGAGAACGAAUGCGCAAAAAACAAUGGCGGAUGCACUCAGAAAUGUGUUGAUACUCCAGUUGGAUAUUAUUGUGAUUGUGAUAAAGGAUACAAGCUUGUUGACAACAGGACUUGCGAAGACGUAGACGAAUGUGCAGAUCCAGGCGCAUGUUCCCAAUUAUGCAUCAACGAGAAAGGAACGUUCAAGUGUGAGUGCCACGCUGGCUACGCUCGUGACCCAAGGGACCGUACCCGUUGUAAGGCCACUGAAGGUCAUCCAUCACUUCUCUUCGCUAGACGCUUCGACAUUCGCAAGAUCAGUUUGGAUCACCAUGAAAUGGUAGCCAUUGUAAACGACACGAAGUCAGCUACUGCUUUAGACUACGUCUUUAGAACUGGCAUGAUUUUUUGGAGUGAUGUUACGGAGGAGAAGAUUUACAAAGCACCGAUAGAUGAAGGCAGCCAACGUACAGUAGUAAUCGGGGAGCAACUGAUCACUUCAGAUGGCUUAGCCGUGGACUGGAUCUACAAUCAUCUAUACUGGACAGACACUGGAAAGAACCACAUUGAGCUCUCAGACCUACAAGGCAAUAUGAGGAAAAUCCUUAUCAGAGACAGGCUCGAGGAACCGAGGGCGAUCGCUUUGAACCCUUUGGAUGGAUGGAUGUACUGGACGGACUGGGGUCAGACCCCGAAAAUCGAGCGCGCUGGCAUGGACGGCUCACAUAGGCAGACCAUUGUUUCUUAUGACGUUAAAUGGCCCAAUGGUCUAACAUUGGAUCUUGUACGCAAGCGAGUCUAUUGGGUUGACGCUAAGUUGAACACAAUUUCCUCAUGCAACUACGACGGUUCUGCUAGACGGGUUAUUCUCUACUCUACUGAUGUUCUUCGUCAUCCCUUCUCUAUCACCACUUUUGAGGAUUGGGUAUACUGGACCGAUUGGGAAAAGACUGCUGUCUACCGCGCCAAUAAGUUCAACGGGAAAGAUAUUGAGGCUAUUACUUCUACUCACACGCUGCAAAACCCGAUGGUUAUCCACGUAUAUCAUCCGUAUCGUCAACCUGAUGGCGUGAACCACUGUGCUGCCGUCAACGGCCAUUGUUCUCACCUUUGUCUGCCAGCUCCGAGGAUAGGGCCUCAUUCUCCUCGUGUCUCCUGUGCCUGCCCUAACGGCUUACGUCUCCUACCCGAUAACCAGAUGUGCGUCGAGGACAAUAUAAAACCCGAUGUGGAGGUGCAUAAAUCAACUUAUCAACACUAUGAAAUUAAUAUAACUACGAUAGCACCUGCGACCAGGAUUACCAUAUUUAUCAAAAGCGACGAAGAUAUAGAGCCAUCCGAGGAACCUAUCGCUUUACCUAUUAAGACUGAAAACAUUGAAACUAAACCAAUGACGGCUUAUUGGGAAAAUGAUCAAGAAGAAUUGUUGAAGAAUAACGAACCUUUCAAAGACGUGUUCCUGAAGAAAUUGGGUCUGGAUAGAAUACCAGACACGACUGACAAUCCUGUUGCCGAAUCUCAUUACGAUUAUGAAAGACUUAGUUUAGUGUACAUGCCUGAACUUAUCCAACGCAUUGAUGCAAGCACGAGUACUCCUCAUAGUUUUGGCGCCAUUCUACCAGGGGCAGAUGUAACAGAAGGAGCGCCUAAGCCUGGCGCUGGAAUUCCAAACGGUCGCGACGCAGGCGUUGUUGCCGGGAUCGUUGCGGCUGUAAUCUCUGGCGUAAUCAUAUUGGGCACAUUGAUUGCGGUGUUUAUGUACCGGCAUUACGUGCACCGCAACGUGACUUCUAUGAACUUCGAUAAUCCUGUGUAUCGCAAAACUACGGAGGACCAAUUUGCUCUGGAGAAAAAUGGUUACGCACCCGGUAGCAAGUUAUACCCCAGCACGGUGGGCGAAGAGGCCCAAGAACCGCUCAAUACUCCCGGUACAAAUGACUUUGUAUAGUGCCGGCAGUAAAUACAUUAGUAUGUCAUUAAAUGUGAAAAGAAAAAGGAGGACGUGUGAUACUUAAAACAAUGUGAACCAGUGAACGGGAAGAAACAUUUCGUAGUGAUCCCUAAUAUGGUUAGAAUUAGUGCAGUAGGAAGCGUAUGGGGCUGGUGGUUACUCGGAACCAAGUUCUGAAAGCUUUCAUAAGUACCUCGCGCCGAAAUGGAUCUCAAAAUCAUUACGAUCGUGACAUUUGUUUCCUACACAUCAUAUCACAAUCGCGAUUAAAAUUAUUUCGCAUGCAAAACUUGAGAUCGAUGCUUUUUAUACUGCAUAGCCAGUAUCACAUAAUUACGCAUGUAUUAGACAUUAGAAGGGACGUGUUUGCUAUUAUUUUCUCUUUUUAGACUGUGAAUAGCAUUAUAUUAGAGAUUCUGCUUUAUCGAGCAAAUACCUGGUGCACUGUCAUUAUUUAUAUGAAAUUUACAAAUGUUUAUAUUCCAAUUUUAGUUAAGCAUUUUAACGCUCAGUUCUGAAACGAAGCACACAAUAACUGUGUUCUAAGUCAAUCAACUCAAGGAAAUUGAAGCUCACAUUUUGUAGUGAGAUGUACUUAUUAGUGAAUUGUACAACUUUUUUUCCACAUAAUUUUUAUGGCGAUGUACCAAUAAAUAUAUUAUGAUUACAUUUUAUACAUAGUAUGGGCAGUUUUUAUUAGGUCUUACAUUAUAAUGCUAAUGAUAUCAUUGUGGUAAUUUAUUACAUUGUAUAGAAUAUGUAAGGAAAUUUAUUUAUUGGAUGCAAUUUUAUAAAUUUGUUUUUUAGAAAUUUGUGCCAAUUUAGUAAAAUUUAUUAAAUAAUUCGUUGCCAAAUUAACUUUGCGGGGAUAUCUUAUUGACCGCGCUUAUUAUUAAUUCGAUUUUCGGUCACAUUGUUGCAUGUAACUAUUUAUUUCAAUUUAUUAUAAUCUUAUAGAAAUUGUUAUAAAUUACAGUUUGUAUUUAUAUUAUUCAUAUUUUAUGUAAAGGUUGUGUUUUACCCAUCCAAUGUAUCUAAUUAUUGCUAUUUGGAAUGUGACUUUGUCAAGCAAAAUCCUGCCAAACACUCUAAAUCUAAUUAUUACUAUUUGUAAUGUAAUUCAAUUACAUUUACUACUUGAUGCACAUUUCAUACAAUACGCCUAGGUCAAUAUAAG